AUGGCCUGGCUGGGCCAAGGGGAACAGCAAGAGUGGACGGACUUUUGCUAUGUUUCAAAAGUGGUGGGAAGAUGCCGGGCCUCCCUGCCCAGGUGGUGGUACAACAUCACAGAUGGGUCCUGCCAACAGUUUGUGUAUGGAGGCUGUGAAGGAAAUGACAAUAAUUACUUGACCAAGGAGGAGUGUCUUCAGAAAUGCGCUGGGGUCACAGAGAACGUUAUUGACACGCUGUCCUCCAGCAAGAGUGGAGCUGAGCCCUCUGUCCUGAGCGUUCCCAGACAGCAGGAUGCGGAUGACCUCCCCAGUGAUAUCUUCAACUAUGAAGAAUACUGCACAGCCAAGGCGGUCACCGGACCUUGCCGCGCAGCCUUCCCACGCUGGUACUUUGAUGCCGAGAAGAACUCCUGUGAUAACUUCAUCUACGGAGGGUGCCGGGGCAAUAAGAACAGCUAUCGGUCCGAGGAGGAGUGCAUGCACCACUGCUUUGGCAAACAGUCAUACCCAGUCCUGCCCCACGGCUCUAAAGUGGUGAUCCUGGCGGGGCUGUUCUCAGUGCUCCUGAUCCUGUGCCUGGGAGCCUCUGUUGUCUGCUUGGUCAGGGUGGCCCGCAGGAACCAGGAGCAGACCCUCCGUACUGUCUGGAGCUCCGAGAACGACAAGGAACACCUGGUGAAGAACACGUACACCCUGUGA